AGGAAGAAGAGGAGUAUACUUUUUCUUUGUUUACAUCUCUUCUCUGUCGCUUUUCUUCAUUGUUUUACAUUCUACAUUCCACAAAUUUGUCUUUAAUUUUCCCAUUCGUUAUCGAUUCUUCUCUUUAAAGCAAAAUCCAUUCUCCUCUGCCUCUAAUCUUCGUGGGUUUUUGCUUAUACCCUUCAAGAAUCCUUCCAUUUCCAUGGCGGAUGAAGCCCAUCGACCUGUUCUUCAACCCAUUUCUCAGAUGGGGUUUCGUUUUCUUCAAUUUUCUCUUUGAUUUCUUCGAUUUGGAGUGGAUUUUGAAGCUGUUCUUCAACCCAUUUCUCAGUUGGGGUUUCGUUUUCUUCAAUUUUCUCUUUGAUUUCAUCGAUUUGGAGUCGAUUUUGAAGCUUUUCUGAGAUGGGUUUUGUUGUUCAUCUCUGAUCAUUGCUGAUUUCAACCUGUUUUUCAACUCUUUUCUCAAAUGGGGUUUCGUUUUCUUCAAUUUUCUCUCUGAUUUCUUCGAUUCAGAGUGGAUUUUGAAGCUUUUCCGAGAUGGGUUUUGUUGUUCAUCACUGAUCAUUGCCGAUUCAAAUCUGUUUUUCCACUCUCUGUCUCGCCUUCCCCUGUUUCUCUUGAUUUCUGAAGCUCUCAACUCAGACAAUGAGGGAUUUCCCAUCGUGUUUUGGGGAAAACGGCGUCCAAGUUGCAGAUUUCUCUUCUUCCAACAAUGGUAAGACAGCUCAAAACCUUGUCACUUGUGUUUAUCAAUGUCGAAUACGAGGGCGUUCUUGUCUGAUUAGUAUCACUUGGAGUAAAAAUCUGAUGGGUCAAGGGCUAAGCAUUGCCAUUGAUGAUACCUCAAAUCAAUGUGUCUGUAAAGUUGAUAUCAAGCCAUGGCUGUUCUCUAAACGAAAAGGGUCUAAAAGUUUAGAAGCUUAUUCUUGUAAAAUUGAUAUCUAUUGGGAUCUUUCCAACGCCAAAUUUGGAUCUGGGCCUGAACCAUUGGAGGGUUAUUAUGUGGGAAUUGUUGUUGAUAAACAAAUGGUUCUUGUUCUUGGGGAUUUGAGAAAAGAAGCUUUCAAAAAGUCAAAUUCCUCCCCUGUUCCUUCCUCUGCUGUAUUCAUCUCCAAGAAGGAGCAUGUUUUUGGGAAGAAAUUGUUCUGUUCCAAAGCUCAAUUUUGUGAUAAUGGUCAGAUUCAUGAUAUUAAUAUCGAGUGCGAUACGAAUGGUGUUAGCGAACCGUGCUUGAUUCUUCGAGUCGAUUCGAAGACCGUGUUGCAGGUGAAGCGGCUGCAAUGGAAGUUUAGAGGGAACCAUACCAUUUUGGUUGAAGGGCUUGCAGUGGAAGUGUUUUGGGAUGUUCAUAGUUGGUUGUUUAGUUCAUCAGCUGGGAACAAUGCUGUUUUUAUGUUCAAAACAUGUUUGUCUGCUGAAAAGUUGUGGGGAAGUCAACCGGUUUGUGAUCCUAAUGUCUUGUCUUGGUCUUUCUCACAGAGAUUUUCAGACAGCAAAACACAAGAUCUUGGUUUCUCAUUGAUGUUACAUGCUUGGAAGAAUGAAUAGAGGAGUGGUUUUUGUAUUCUUUUUCUAAUUUUUAACAAAAAAAAGAGAAACUCGUAGCGAUUGAGAGAUUUUUAUCGUCCCUUUUCGCUUCGAUUACGUUCGAUCCGAUACAAGAUUGUAUGAACCUUUUCAUUGCUGGCUAGUACAUAUCUAAUAUAUGAUCACUUGUUUUAGCUUCUUGCUAU